AUGGCUCGGGAAUGGAGGCGGCUGAAGAAAGUUGAAGAGGAUAUAUUUGUGUUAGUUUUCGAAAUAGUCAAUUUUCUUCUUAUUGAUUGAUAAAAAAUGCUUUCUGGAUUAUUUGAGGAAGUGCGAAAGCUGUUUUUGGUUUGAGUUAGCACUGUAAAAUGAGUUUCGUCGCAAUUUUUCAAAAUUUUUUUCAUUACACACGAGAUCAAACGAACUGGAUAUUUUUGAAUUAAAAUCAAAGGAUGAUUAUUUUUGGAAAAAAAAUAAAAAAGAAAAAAAAAAGUUUAGGGGAGAAUGCGAUUCGGACAGUCCGGAAGGACGUAUCUACGGAGGCCAGGUCCUGGCUCAGUCCAUGUCCGCCGCCUAUUUCACCGCUCCCCAUGGUUUCUACGUUCAUGCUCUUCACUGUUACUUCGUCCGCGCAGGUAUCCAUUUCAAGUACUGACCUUUUUUUGAUAUUCAGUCAUCUUUGAACUAUUCAGCAAAGUUCUGGGCUGUUAAAAUGAAUCGGAAAGUGUAUUGCCGUGUUUUCCUGAAACAAAAACAGGCUUUGAGUCUUUGGUUUGAAUGGAAGAAUUUUGCCUCGAAUGUAGGAAAUAAAAACUGCAUAUUUUUCAAGUUCUAAACUUCAGCUUUAAACAAACGGAAAACUCUUUGUCUUUUUCGGUUUCUAGACAUUGAAAACUUUUCUGAUGCAGGAGAAGAAGGCGCUCCUAUCAUCUACAACGUGAAAAGAAUCCGCGACGGUCGCAACUUCGCUCUCCGAUGUGUGGAUGCCGUUCAGCACGGGAAGGUGAUCCACAUCGCGGAGUUCUCCCUCCAGAAAGUUUUUUCCUUAAUUUUCUUUCAAUAUUUCAAAUCUGAAGCUAAACAGCGUCACCGAGAACUUCUCACUGACGCCUGCUUUCCCUGACGUUCCGGCGCCAGAAACCCUUCAGAACAAGUUAGAAGCGAGAAAAAGCCGCCUCGCCGAAGGCCACGACGAGAAGAAACUUCGCGGACUCGUUCGACCGAUUUGAGCUUCGAAAAACUUGAAACGGUUAAGGAUACUGAGCGGAUGGCGCCUUCAAUCGAAGUGAGGCCAUGCGACAUCGAUAUGUAUUUCGACGGAACGGGCGGCGUCAACAAAAAGCAGUAUUUCUGGAUGAAAUACAAGCCUCCAGUCGGUGGGAUUUCGGGACAAGCGUAUUCAGAAUGCUGAUAUUAUUUAGAGAGCGAAGAUUAUAUGAUGCGCCACGCCUCCCUCGUCUACCUGUCUGACCUCGAGCUUGUAACCACAGGUUAGAUUUAAUUUAAUAGGUUUUGUAAUUCAGAAAAGUAGGAAUUACAGUACAAAGCUUUCCCAUGGUUUCAGAGUGAUUUGGAAAACUUUUAUGUUCUUACAUGUUCUGUAACAAAAACCACAAGAAAGCGUUCAUGAAAGAAAAAAAAAACGAAGACCAGAAAAACAGAUUUUGAAGGAUCUUAAUUCCUAAUUUGUCAUAUUAUAUCGAGUUUCAUCAACUCCUUAACAUACAUAGAUAAAACUAUUGAAAAAAUUGCUCGGAAAUAUUUUAAUUUCAGGAGUUUUGUGCUUCGAUGAACCGAAGUUCAAACUGACGACAUCACUGGACCAUUCCGUGUGGAUCCAUCAAUUCGAGUGAGUUACCAGGUCCAACUCCUAGCCGGGACUUGCUUCAGCUUCGACAUCAACGAAUGGAUCCUCUACGAGCAGGAAUGCGUGGCCAACUCGAAACACAGGUGUCUGAUCAACGGACGGAUGUGGACUCGCGACGGCCGUCUCAUCAUGUCGACCUCUCAAGAAGCGCUCAUUUACAAACUCCCCUCCUCACAUCUGUAA